CGUCAGACAAGAUGGCUGCAGAAAAAUAAGAAUUUGAUUGAGCAUGAUUUUAUACUCGCGAGGAGAAAUAAAUGGAAAAUAAAUGGCAAGAGCAACACAGUCGUCGGAUCUGGAGUUUCACAUAAGAAAUAAUUAUCCAUGGUCCAAACUACCACCUAGCGUUAAACAGGUAUAAAUUUUCACUUUUGUCGCAUGAAACUAUAAAUAUCGCUUUCACACUUUCAAUCUUUCAUACAGUAAAGUAUUACAAAAUAUAAUUUAUUUGAUAUUCAAAGUAGUUUAUAUUGCUGUUGUAUUUUCAUCUCUUGAUUUCUAUACAAAUAUUUAUAUUGCAAUUCAUUUGCGGUUAAUAUUAAAUCGCUUUUUAUAUUAAACCUUUGUAAUUGUAAUUGUUAUUUUAAUGUAAAAAGUUGCAUAUUAAUUAUUAUAAAGUGUUUAAAGUUUCCUGGAUCUAGGCCAAAUCUUUUGAAAGCACCCUAGAGUGUCUUUUUAUUGUGGUUGUACUGAUGUGGUAUAACUCUAACCCUUAUUUCAGUUAUUUUUCCAAUUUGCUGCCAAAAGUUGCAUUGGGCGCCAGGGUGAAUUCCAUGUAAACUCCACGCCGAAGAUACGCCAGUAUUAACUAUAGAUAGUAUUGUAAUUUGCCAAACUCGUGUCGGAUAUCUUUGCACUUUUGUGCACAGAAUGCACCCUGGAUUAGGCGACCCUACAGUCUGCAUGACUACUAUCGGCAACACACUGGUGCCCGCUAAACUGCGGUCUAUCCAAGCUCCUGCCUGGUUCAGAUCAGAUCUUGGUAACCAGGCCAGCCUGGUUGCCCAUAUAAAUGCAAAGUAAUUUCUGCUGUAAAACGUAAUGUAUGGCAAGAUCUCACUUGGUGAAUUGUCCCGGCGCUACCCAUUCCAGAGGGCAGUUGUACAAAGGCCGGAUCAUGCUAUCCACUUGUGGAAACUGACUAUUUGAAACAUUGUAAUAAUGUUUAAAAAGCUAUGAAAUUAUGGCUCUCGCAUUAAUGUGAUGUGUUUCAUAACAAAACAUCCUUGCAGAUGUAUGUAGUAUUAUAUUUAUGUUCUCAGAUUUGUUUCUGGCUUUAGUCUCUAGGUAACAGUCAACGAGAAUGGGAAAGGAAUGUAUUUGAAUUUAGUGUCGAGAACCAACUUCGAUAUAAGGGAAAUUUGGGUAAGUAUCAAAACUAGUUGAUCCGGCAAUUAUUGUCUUGACACUCGUGUUCUACUAAUGACUGUUUCAUUUUUAGUUCGUCAUGUUAGAAAAGAUCAGAAAAAGUAUUAUGAAGAUUUGUUGUCCCAUAGCAGGGAAAACUUGAUGGUAUGAGUUGUGGGUUGACAAGGUGAUGGGCAAUAGUGCCCUCCCCCCCCCCCCCAUUUUCUUCUAAUUUUUCCAAAUCAACGAAACUCCCUCUAAGUCUGUUACUGUUUUGUCCCACUACAUUGCAUUUAACUUUAUUGGUGACUGAUUUUAAUAGGCUUUUGUGGGUGACUAAUACUUUUGCUUGUUUUCCAAACAAUCAAAGAAACAAGCGAUCUUUGAGCGAGUUUGCCAUAACCAUAACAUGAACCUAUCGAGUGGCAGCACUCUCUCCUUGACGAGUAGGAUUGUCUGGCAUUAGAUAGAGUAAAAUAUUAAAGCAAGGCACAUCAGGUCACAUUGCCACUCCAAGAGUGAAAUACACUUGUAACUUCAUGAAACCUUGCAAAAUCCAAGAAUAUCAAACUGCAAUUUAAUUUUUCAGGAGCCACCUUGAUAAGCUGUUUGAAAUUUUUGAACAACCCAAAGUGAAAAAUUACUUGAUCUGUUUGUUUUAGCUUUACCCCUACCACUUGGCAGAUGUGAUCGUAAAAGGACUAAGAAUUACGCCAUUUGGUUUUUACAUUGAAAUGAUGAAAGAUGUCAUGUCGAAAGAAAAAAGUUAUGAUUCAUUGCCAAAUUUUGCUGCUGCAGACUGUAAGUUUUUACUGGAUCUAGAAGCAUUCCUCUUUCAAAUAAUCCCUCACCCUGAUAAGGUCCCUCUCUAAUAGGCCAUUCAUUUGGAGGAACAAAUCUAUUUAACCCCUCACCAACUCUGCCCCAGUCUCUCUAUUACGCUUCCUACAUCCCUCUUCACAACCAUGAAAAACACAUGUAGGGGUUUCCCUCCCACAGGGGAGGGGGGGGUAUUAAUCAGGUCGGAAUUUGUCCUGCACAUUUGAGAUAUCAAAUGAGUAAAAAAUCAUAUUUUAUUCCUUGUAGGUCUUCGUCUGUUAGGUAUUGGUAGAAACCAGUAUAUAGAUUUGAUGAAUCAAUGUAGAUCUUCUCGAGUAAGUAUUGUUUCAUUAAUUUUGUAUAUUUACAAUCACAUUGAAUGCCCUUCCUUAGAUGGUAGGAAGUGACAGUGUUACAAUAUGGAUAACUUUUGAUGUAGAAAUUCUUCCGUAAACGUCCAGUGCGGGAUUUAUUACCGAUGAAGCCAGUGUCUUUGAAAGUUCUGGAUCCUUGGUGGACUGUCCAAGUUGGUUUUGUUACAGAAGAUGACGUCAAGGUAAAACCUCUCGAUUUUCAGAUGUUUUGGCAAACACAUUAGAUAAUAAACAAUUAUUGAAUGAGGUUGAGUAGGAUAUGAGGAAUUAUUAAGGCCGAGGUUUGUUAACUGUGCACUUUUUGCCUACUUUUUCGUACCUAACAUACCAUGUCAUCUUCCAGGCAUGUUCACAAGCUGAACAUGAUGUUAUUGAUGAACUUAUUGACUUGGAUGGCAAACCCAGGUGUGCUGGUGAAAUGGACAAAAAUAUUGUGCAAAGUAAGGCAUGCUUCAGUGUAUAGGAUUAAUGCCUUGAUGAGUUGUAUUUGAAUGUAUUCUUCUGUUUAAUAUCACUUUAUUUUCAUCUUAGGUCUUUACACAAAGGGGUUCAUUUAUCUUGAUGUUCCAAUUAAUGAUACUGACUGUAUUGUAGGUUUGUAUUGUAUUAUAUAACAUUUUUCACAAUUCCUUAAUUUAAGCAGACAAAUUUUCACUUCCCCCCCCCCCAAAAAAAAAUUUCUCUCCCUCAAAAAUUUUCACCUCCCAAAAAUUUUCACUUUUCAAAAAAAUUUUCCCUAUUUCAAACAAAACACAACAAUUUUGACCCAGGAAAGAAUUCCAAUCUACUGUAUCUCUGGAAACAGUUUGGCAAAGAUUGAAGAUCAGAUCUGGUAGUUUUAAAAGCGUACUGAGUUAUUCCAAUUACUUUAUAGUCCCCCCAUUGGAAAACUUUGUCAUGAAUCGUGUACUUGGUGAUUAUUUUGAAACCUUGCUGUAUAAAAUAUUUGUUUCAAUUGAUGAACAUACCAACAUAGCUGAGGUGAGAUAUUGUGCAAGAAUUACUGUAGUGUAUAUUUAUUAGACCCUGAGCAUGACUGCUCAAGCAACUAUGAAGCAUUUGCUGAAUAACUUGAAGUGCUAGACAGAUAGACUGAUAGUCUUUAAAUAAGAUCAAAGGAUGUUGAGGCCAACUCACAGAUGAGAUCAAAUGAAAGUGACAGAAAGAAUUAGAGCAGUUUUCAGUUAUUUUUGCAAACGGACACCGUGUGAAUUUUGCCAUUUGUCAUGCUUCUUUUGCCAUAUCAAAAGAACGAACGCGUGCUCCAGCCCGAUUUCCAGUUCUGAAAGGCCUGAUUCGCAGGCAAACAGUGCGCGCAAAGCAGGCUGGUCAUUUCCCAUUGUUUAACUGCCCCACACUCACGUAACAACCUCUGAGUAACCACAAAGUCAAAAAUGUGAGUCAAAAAUUAGUAUUACAUUUGAGCAAAAUAUUUAAAGAACAGGAAUUUUCAGGAACAAGAUGUUUCACUUAUUGUAUUUUAAUUUCUAGCUAUCGAAUGUUCUUCAAAUAGAUCUGCAGCUUGUAAAAGUAAGUAACUGCGUUUGAGUGUAUUGUUCUGUGGGGUCAAGAUGGAGGGCAUAUUGGGGGGGGGGAGGGGAUGCUUCAUAUUAGAAGACAUACGGUUCAUACAAGUAAAGAGACAAUGAAAAUCUUUUCUCUGCAUAGGAUGCUGUCUCUGUUUAUUGUCGUCUUGGAUUUGCAUUCAGAAAAGACAGCGAAACUGAAGAUGUGGAACUUCAUCCAUCAUGGCAGAAUAUAAAUAGCUUGUCUCCGCGACGGUAUGAUGGAGGAAAUUAUUUCUCAAUUACAAAAAAUACUUGCCUUGGGACAUCCCAACAUCUUGAAAGUACAUGGUAUCCCGAAAAGGUAUACCCAGGGUACCCUUUCAUUUGUCAUUGUAAAUAUUUUGUAGAUCUUACAGUCGUGAGAAUAUACUGAUUGAUCUAAAUGGUACAGCAACAUCUUCAGAAACAUCGUCGGUGAAUGAUGCGAUGGACGGGGACUCCUCUCCUGCUCAAUGUGCCACGCCUACGUUAGGUACAAUCUUGAACUAUUUGCAGCAGUGUAGGUAGUAGAGACCUUACGAUGCGGGACGACAACGUGACGACGACGGCUAUUCAUUAUUAUUAUUAUUAUUUAAAUAUAUUUAUGCUAAUGCACGGUGACCUUUCAGUUUCCUGUUUUUCAAAGGGCCGUGCUUUAGUCAAUUUACACGCAAUAAAAACCUAUAAUUAUAGGAACUAUAGUAUCAAAAAUCAUGCAACGUAAUAUUUAACAAGAUAUUUACAAAUAUGGUAACAUGCAAUAACGCGUUCCAUUACAAAUAAAUUUUGCACAGGUUUUUCCACCUUCAAUUAUCGUGGUUCUGAAUUAGUCGUUUGAAUGAAUUUAGUGAAAGACUUUCAUAAUUGUCAACAAUUUCGCUAGGAAGAUUAUUCCAAGACGCUGCUCCGCGAUAUGGAAUAAUUAGAUUACAAUGAGAUUCAUACAAUGAGAUUCAUAAUAUUUAAGAAAAAAAAUGAAUAAUUAAAAUCCCACGGGAGUUUGAGACGUCAUCCAUAGCCUGUUUACAACGGGAAACUACAGACUUUUACGUCUUGGAUAAAACGUCUGCAUUUCAAGACGCGAGAAGUGAUACUCGGCAAAUUAGCUCAGUACUGCAGUAAAACUUUCUCAACAAUAAAGCCACUACUGCAAGCUAACCAAACAGUAUCAUUUCUGUAUACUUUUAGAUAUGGUGAAUGGUCCCGGGAAAAGGAUAGCAUUUCUGUUCGACUCUGCAUUAACAGCUUUCCUCAUGAUGGGCAACCUCUCGCCUGUGAGUUUUCUCUUUGUAUUUCUAUGUUUUAUAGAAGUGGGGACAUUUAACCGUGAACUCAUUGACAAAUAUUUUUUUCAGGGUUUAAAGAAUCAUGCUGUUACGAUGUUUGAAGUGGGCAAGCUCAGUGAUGAGUCUCUGGACAGUCUCUUGUUAGAACUUGAGAAGGUACGAUCCAAGGUACGGAUUAUCCGUCAAGACCAGCGAAAUGAUUACAACUGGAAAUCGUCCCAGUCUUCUCAACGCAUGCGAGAGCGCGGUCAGUCAGUCGACACGAAAAUCCGAAAAUAACAAAAGCUUUGUGCCUCCAGGCAACAGCCCUUCAUGAACGGUGGAUAUUACUUUUAUUCACCGGUGAAUAAUAAAAUCGUCGAGUGAUAAAGCAAAAAUUAUGGACUUUUUUGUUUUGUAUGUCCUCUUUGGCACUUGGUAUAUAAUAAAAUACUUAUUGACUGGAACUUUCGGAAACAGUGUGGUUUGUGGACCCUCGACUACCUAUGUUUGGCAGUCCCAGGUACGCAAGACAUACUGUUUCCCUCGGCCCCAGUUUGCGGGUGUUAAAUACAGUAUGUCUGAUUCUUCAUUGGUGUCCAGGUUGGUCGUGAAGCAGAAGAUGAAGCCGAAGGUGAAGCUGAGAGAUAUUUCCAUCACGCUAUCACAUUACGCAAUACAUUGCUCUUCUUAAGAUAUAAUAAAGAAUUAUUUAAAAAUGACGAAACUCUACCUCCCAUGGGUCUUGGUAAGUUGAACGUCUUUCUUCGACGCUUUCAAUUACAGCCGUAUACUGUACGUGUUGUGAAUCAUAACAGGGUUUUUUUUAAUGUCAUUUUUACCAUUCUCUAUUUUUAUUUCACAACAGAUAUGCUUCGAUGUGAAAGUUUAAACAGUCUGGACGCUGCCGCUUGUAGUCGAGUUCUGCAAAAAAAUUACAGGUGCAAAUUUGCUUUAUGUGUUUUAUUGUUGCGUCUUCGUCGUUGCUGCUGUUGUUGCAGUUGCUAUUAUUGUUGUUGCUGUUUUCGUUGUUGUUGCUGUUGUUGCUGCUCUUUCGUUGUUGUUGCUGUUGUUGUUGUUGUUGUCGUUGUCGUUGUUGUGUCUAUAACUACAGUUGCUAUUGUUGUUGCUGCUCUUUCGUUGUUGUUGCUGUCGUUGUUGUUGCUGUCGUCGUUGUUGUUGUUGUUGUUGUUGUUGUUGUUGUUGUUGUUGUUGUUGUUGUUGUUGUUGUUGUUGUUGUUGUUGUUGUUGUUGUUGUUGUUGUUGUUGUUGUUGUUGUUGUUGUUGUUGUUGUUGUUGUUGUUGUUGUUGUUGUUGUCGUUGUUGUUGUCGUUGUUGUUGUCGUUGUUGCUGUCGUCGUUGUCGUUGUUGUUGUUGUUGUGUCUACAACUACAGUUGCUAUUGUUGUUGCUGCUCUUUCGUUGUUGUUGCUGUCGUUGUUGUUGUUGUUGUUGUUGUUGUUGUUGUCGUUGUUGCUGUUGCUGUCGUCGUUGUCGUUGUUGUUGUUGUGUCUACAACUACAGUUGCUAUUGAUGUUGCUGCUCUUUCGUUGUUGUUGUUGUUGUUGUUGUCGUCGUUGUCGUCGUCGUCGUCGUUGUGUCUACAACUAAUUAUAUAUUCAAUGUAAUUCCAGUGUUUUGUUGUCCAUGGCUCCAUUGAGCAGUGAAAUACGGCCGAUUGUGAGCUGUGAUCCACCUCAUAUUGGCCCUGCCAUACCAGAGGUAAUUAAAUCAUGUUUUUUAAGCUAUUAUUGAUUAGUUUAAUUUAUGUCUACUGUGGAUGUGACGUCAUUAAAUUAUACAGUAACUAUGAUCGACAACAGAUUGAAAGUUGUCAAAUUUUGGAGAAAAAAACAACUUUAACUGGUCUCAACAUUCUUUCAAAUCCCGGAAGACAUAUUAAGUUUUACUGCAAUUUCCUUGUACAGGUGAAUUCAGUUUGGUUCAAGUUGUUUCUCUAUGAAACGACAGGAUCAGGACCUCCCUCCAUGCUCAUUGUGAAAGGAUCUCGACUCAGACGACUUCCUAAAAUAUUUGAGGUAAACUAAUGUGUUUCACCAUGUCUGAGGAUCAGGAUAUCAGAAAAUUUUCUUCCUGGAGACAAACAUUUCCUGCAGACCAACGGAGUAUUUUUUUUGCUAAAUCUGGGCAUAAACAUAUAGUGUUCUAGCUGACCAUUGUUUUAAAUUCAAGGAAUAAUGUCUGUCAACCAUACAGUAUGUUGUUGCGCCCAUAGUGUUAAGGUUUCCAAAUUUUCAAUAGCAAAUCUUCAUUCAAACGAAUCUGCAGCUGUUUAAUUAACAUUUCCUGAGAGCAGUGCUCACCUGUUUUUUCCACCCCUGCCCCCCCUCCCCCCAGACUACCAUAACACACUUUCUUUCCUUCUUUUAUUUCAGGGUUUUGAUAGACUGCUGAUCGCGACGUGGGGACAUGAUCCAACUCCAGUACCCGUCUCGAAUGUACUUGUGGCUUUAAAUGACGCACUUACACAUUCAGCUGUCCUCAUACAGGUAAGUUAGAUUCACCAGACGUAGAAAGCUUUGGAUUGAUAGGGAUGCAACUACACGGAGAACUUCGACGUUUCGAGCCCUGCCUUCGUCGAUCCUUACUUAGGUUUCCUCAAUUCUUUGUGCACGGAAACACAACUCUAAACUAGUAGAAAUUCCUCCCAGUGGACCUCUAGAAAGUUCAUAACCUGGAUAUUGUAUUCUUUCAGGGUUACGGAAUGCACCGUGAAGGAAAGAUUCACAGAAUAUCAUUUCCUUUAAAAGCGAGCAAAGAAAGUCAAGAAG